AGCCUUUCAGAAAAAAAAAACCUUUUACGUAAUAUCCUGUCCUCGUGCCAAACUUCCGCUCUUCUGCUUCCUUUGAAGAAGAGCAAUGGCGUCACCUGAAGUGGAAACUCACGCAGCUGCAGGUGACGAACAACAGACGGAUUCUUUAGUCUCGCAAAAACGGGAGGCGAGGCUUCGUAAAUUUCGAGAGCUGCAUUUUAAACGGAACGAAGCACGGAAACAGAACCACCAGGAGGUUGUGGAGGAGGAUAAGAGACUGAAACUGCCCUCCAACUGGGAGGCGAAAAAAGCCCGACUGGAAUGGGAGCUUGCUGAAAAUGAAAAGAAAAAGGAAUGUGCUGCCCGUGGAGAGGACUACAACAGAGUGAAGCUGCUAGAAAUCACCGCUGAUGAUGCAGAGCGGUGGGAAAGGAAGAAGAAGAAGAAAAACCCAGACACGGGAUUUGCAGGUUACGCCGAGGCCCAGUUCCGACAGUACCAGAGGCUCACAAGGCAGAUCAGACCAGACUUGGAAAGUUAUGAGAAGCUGAGGGAAGACAGCGGUGAAGACUUCUACCCCACGUCAAAUAGCCUGAUCCACGGCACCCAUGUUCCCACAAAGGACGGCAUUGACCGCAUGGUGGAGGAUGUUGAGAAACAGAUUGAAAAGCGUGCCAAGUACAGCCGGCGCCGAGCCUACAACGACGACGCAGACAUCGACUAUAUCAAUGAGAGGAACGCCAAAUUCAACAAGAAGGCUGAGCGUUUCUACGGCAAAUACACGGCAGAGAUCAAGCAGAACUUGGAGAGAGGCACGGCGGUCUAAGAGGCAUCCGUCGAGUCCUUCACUCUUUCUCCAAAUUGAGGAGUGUUUUUUAAAGCAGUCUUUAUGUUACACUGACAGAUAUCCCCACGGUUUUUCCUUAUAUAAUAUUAAAUGUUGAACAGCCAUUUUUCUUAACCUUGCUUUGAAUUAAACCGUUCCAUAAUUGCAUCCAGUUAUCUCAUGACAGAUAUUUUGAACCUGGGCCUGAAUCCCUGUCAGACCUCUGGGCAUGUUCUUCAGAGCAUGGAAACCAAAAAAAAUGCUUGAGUGUAAGAGAUUGAGAAGAUAAUGGUUAUCAGUGGAGUAAUUCAACUUAUCACCUCUAUCUCCCCUGAGGUUACAACAUGAGCAGCAAGGCCUUGUGACUGGAGAUCAGAAAAGCAAACUGUUUCACAUCCAAGUGUCAAUACACCUCAGAAUGUGGGGGAACAGCGCCCUCUGCAGGCGAUGGGAUGGUUUUCAGAAGAUUAUUUUAAUCCAACUGGUAUUUUUUGUUAGAUUAUCCCCCGUAGGUUUGGGUUUAAAGAGAAUUUUCCACACAUUUGCAUUAACAAUCACUGUUCUGAUCAGGUCACAAUGCUUUCCAGGUCAUUUCAGGGUAAUACUGAUCCAGCAGGGCAAAAAGGGCAGCCAUUGCAUCUCCAAGAGCACAUUAAAAAGAACCUCAAAUUUAACAG